CAUGCAGGAGAACUAUGAGAAUGUGACCUCACUGGGGUUUCCAGUUUCCAGACCUCCUAUAAUUUCCCAUCUGGAACAAGGGGAAGAGCCAUGGGUCCCAGACCUCCAGGGUUCAGAGGAAAGAGAGAUCCAGAGAGUUGCCUGCACAGCAGGUGACGCAGUGGUAUGUGAGAAAGAGAAGCAGAAUUCUCAGCAGGAAAAUGUUGAGCAAGUGGCUGAACACAGAGGAUUAUCGCAAAGAUCGAAAAGGAAUGUGUCCAGGAGUCAUGAGCAGGAAAACUCCUGUGAGAUUCAGCGCAGACCAGAAAGAGAGCAAGGAAAGCAGGCAGGGGAGAAAAUGGGUAAAUUUAUUUCCUGUCGGGGAACUCAGAGCGUCAAGGAAACCACAACGCAGCAGGAAAUCAUCAUGGGAAAGAGGAAAAAUACAUGCAGUGAGUGUGGAAAAACCUUCACUUACAGCUCAGCCCUUUCUCAACAUCAGAGAAUCCACACAGGAGAGAGGCCCUAUGAAUGCCGUGAGUGUGGGAAAAGCUUCACUGACAGCUAUAACCUCACUGCGCAUCAGAGAAUCCACGCAGGGGAGAAGCCCUAUGAAUGCAGUGAGUGUGGGAAAAGCUUCACUGACAGCUUUCACCUCACUGCGCAUCAGAGAAUCC